AUGGUAUCAGUGUUGGCAAUGUCAUUUACUGUCACCUACUUUCUCUACAAUCGAUUUGAGGAAAUGCCGACGAGGGUCGCCAUCGAGAACCAGUUCGAACCUAUAAAAAACCUUCCGUACCCAGCCAUUACUCUGUGUACCCCAAACCAGAUAACUAAAUCUUCUCUGAAGUACUUCAACACUACUCUUAUCGAGGGCAACAAAACUGAUUUGGAAUCAUAUCUUCCGCUAGUUUUAGGUUUCUACGAAUUCAUUAACACUACAGACCAGACACGGAACUGGUUGAAAAAUUUCCAGGAUCUACUAGAAAAGAAUCGAUACACCGUUCCUGAGCUAAUGGGUCGUGUACCUCAAAAAUGUGAAAGAUUUCUAAAACGCUGCUAUUUAGAACGAAAACUGUAUAAUUGCACCGAUCUAUUCAAACCGAUUCUAACCUCCCGCGGAUACUGCUGCAGCUUUAACAAUAACUAUAUGUUUAAUGGAAAAAUGAACAUCAAAAUACGAGACUUCGUGAACCGUACAGUAAAAGCCACGGGAUUCAAUAACGCGUUGGUAGUGGUCACAGACUAUGAGAUAAAAGAUUCUAUGACUGCCACACUACUGAACGCUGGAGCGGUACCGGUAAUGUACACAGAUUACACAGAGUUUCCUUCUGACGAUGAAUUAUCCUACAUUGAUGGUUACGGGGAGUCGUUCCACAUCCUAUCUGCUACAUAUACUUACUGCUCUGAUGAAGUAAAAUCGCUGCCUGUUUGGAGUCGAAAUUGCUUUUUUCACGACGAGCACCAAUUGGAUCAUUUUCGGAGCUACCAUAACUCGGACUGCGACCACUUGUGCUAUACAAAUGCUGUGAAAGUUGCUUGUAACUGCACUCCUCCAUACAUACCGCACAAUAGGGGCAACGACUGCAAACUCGUUGACAUUCCCUGCAUUAUUGCUGUCAAAUGGAACAUGUCCAGUUGGUUGACGCCGGAAAAUUGCAAUUGUCUAAGAGAUUGUGAGUCACGGAAAUAUCGCGGUGAAAUGACCUUGGGCAACUUCAGGGCUAUACCUUACACCCUCAAAAAUCCAUAUGAAGGCUUGGACUUGAACAACAGCACCAGCGCAUUCCAUUUCUUCUUUACGAACCCGGUGUAUUUGAAGCAAAAACAAGAAACUGUUAUGUCCAUCAUCAGCUUAGCUUCUAAUCUCGGAGGUGUAUUUGGCCUGUCCAUGGGUUUGAGCUGCAUCAGCUUGUUGGAAAUAUUGUUCUACACUUACCUCGGACUCAAACUCUACAUCAGAGGCAAAUUAGAUAAAAUGCUGUUGGCAGUUACAAAUCAUUAUAAUACGGAUUAG